ACAUCAGUAAAUACAAUUUUUAAAUUAAAGUGGUGGAAGUACUUGAAGUGCUAAAAUAACGCCAAGGAAAAAGUGGGAACAGAAUUGUAUAUUUAAAAAUAUACAUAAAACAAUCCGUGUUAGUUCUGUGCCAAUUAAAAGUUUCCUGUUCUCAGUAGUUGGAUUAAUGGUGAAACAAACUAUUUUAACAUAAGUAUGUCCUUCCGUUAAGGUCAACUAAGAUUGAAACUCGUGCCUAAUGUCUGAACCUGUCCGCUCGACGGUGACCAACAAUAGCACUUUUUGAGCACAUAUAUCCAGUUUGCGGUGCUAGUAACACACGCGUCUUCAGCUGGUAAAAAUGAAGAAGUUCGAUCUCGACGAAAUACUUGUGUCUUUGGGGGGAUGGGGAAAGUUCCAAAGUCUCUAUUACCUCGUACUGUGCAGUGCUAUUAUCUUCUCAGUUUUUCCUGCGAUGAAUUAUAUUUUUAUCGCCAGAGACAUCAAAUACAGGUGCAAAAUUGAUUCCUGUGAUAAAGAAAAUGGGCAGUUUAACCCCGACUGGCUGGAAAACGCAGUUCCUUUUGAACAACAUAUACCUAGUAAAUGUUCUUACUACGAACCAGAAGAGAAUUCCACAUGUAGUAAUUUUAAUUUAACAAAAAUCUUACGGUGUGAUGAUUACGUUUACGAGAGGGACGAAACUACCCUUGUCCAUGACUUUGACAUUAAAUGCGAUGAGAACUUGUGGAAAUUAACCAUAAUUGGAACUAUCAAUGUCGUGGGAAAAUUACUGUGUCUUCCUCUCGCUGGAUUUUUCUCUGACCGCUUUGGUAGAAAAUCGAUGAUUAUUGUUAGUGUGUUUUUAAGUACAGUAAUAGGUUUGAUAAGAUCGUUCUCAUUUUCUUAUUACAUGUAUAUAGGUCUGGAAUUUCUCAACACGGUUGUUGGUUCCGGAGUAUACAGUGGAGCUUUCAUUUUAGCUCUUGAACUCGUUGAUUCCAAACGAAGAAAUCUGGGGAACAGUAUUAUUUGUUUAGCUUUUACCGUAGGUCACAUCCUUCUUGGUGUGGCGGCUUGGGUGUCUCCUACAUGGCAGUUUAUGACCCAAAUAACGUACGCACCCGGAAUUUUAGUCACGUUGUUGCUGUGGUUCACCCCAGAAUCAGUGAGGUGGUUAAUUUCCAAAAACAAGAAUGAAAAAGCGGAAAAAGUUCUAAAAACCAUCGCCAAAGUCAACGGAAAAGAAUUAACGGAAGAAACCAUCAAAAACAUUCCUUAUAUUGAACAGACAGACAAAGCAGAAGAGAAUGAAACAAUUCCUUUAAUGGCAAUUCUUCGAAAGAAGAGCCUUCUCAUACGCAUCAUCCACUGCUCGUUCACUUGGAUAUGCUGCAACUUUCCCUACUAUGGUUUAACCAUCCAAUCAGUGGCUUUAUCUCAUGACAUAUAUGUAAAUUAUAUGUGUGUAUCCGUUGUUGAAAUUCCUGCAUACAUAUUAGCCUACGGCUCUUUGGACCGCAUCGGAAGAAAAAAGACUCUUGCUUUGAGCUUAAUUUUCACAGGAAUUGCGUGUAUUAGUGUGGAUUUUAUUCCAGCAGGGAGUCCCCUAGCUCUGGUGGUUUUCCUUUCCGGGAAGCUCUUCGUCACAGUAUCUUAUAUGACAAUUUACAUUUACACAGCCGAGUUGUUUCCAACCAGCUCAAGACAUUCCGCAUUCGCAGUAUGUUCCAUGUUUGGUUGCGUCGGGUCUAUGUUGGCACCUCAAGUGCCUUUGCUGGCAAAGGUGUAUAAACCUCUUCCUCUUAUGGUGUUCUCUGCAAUGGCAUUUACAGCCGGGUUCCUCUCGUUUUUGUUUCCGGAACAGAACGAGGGUAAAAAUCCUGAUGAAAUAGACAAAUCCUGAAAUCAAUUAUUUAAGUAAUAGGUAGUUGAUUAUGUAAAUAUAUUAUAUGCAGUAAAGAAAGUAAUUACGAAGCUGAUUGUGUACGUUAGUGCAUAUUAUUUAAUUUUACUCAGUUAUGAGUAGUAUUAUUAUAAAUUAAUUUUUUAUACAAAUGAAAUAAAUUUAUUUAAAAAAGACUAA